UGGUUUGCGCGGAGCCACUCGCAGAGAAAGUGUGAAACAAGUGUCGGGAAGAGAGCAACAGAUGUUUGUCGUCGAUAUGUGGCCGGCUGAGGAAUGAGAGCAGCAGCGAGGCACCGGCGGCCCUUCCAGCGGUUCUGCUGCUGCGGAGUCGGGCUGGUCGCCGUCAUUUGGCUCGCUCAGGUCAUCCAGGCACCAGAGACGGAGUCUUCCGGGCUUUUGCCAGCCGUGAAUGAUGGGGCACCGCGAUGGAGUCGCAGGCUGAUGCAGGAGUCGGACAACCAGAGCCUGGAUCAGCCCCGAGCAGCCAUCCAUGAGUUUCCAGAAGACAUCUUUACCAAGGAGCAGAGGAAGAAAGGGGCCGUGCUCCUGCAUACACUCUGUGCCAUCUACAUGUUCUACGCUCUGGCCAUCGUCUGUGAUGACUACUUCGUCCCUUCCCUUGAGAAAAUAUCUGAGAACCUGCAGCUCAGUGAAGAUGUGGCCGGGGCGACAUUUAUGGCUGCAGGAAGCUCUGCUCCAGAGCUCUUCACCUCUCUUAUUGGCGUCUUCAUCACUAAAGGAGACGUCGGAGUCGGCACGAUCGUCGGCUCGGCUGUCUUCAACAUCCUGGUCAUCAUCGGCCUGAGUGGGAUCUUUGCGGGCCAGACGGUGGUCCUAACAUGGUGGUCCCUUUUCAGAGAUUCCUCCUACUACAUCCUCUCUGUAGUGACGCUCAUCAUGGUGAUCUAUGAUGCCAGAGUUGUCUGGUGGGAGUCCCUGCUCCUCAUGACCAUGUAUGGAGUCUACAUUUUAAUAAUGAAGUUCAACUCCCAGAUUCUGGCAUUCGUGACGAUUCAGCUCAGGAGCGGCAGGCCAUGCAGCCCCGGAUCAGAGGAACACAGGGAAGACAAGGCGGGAGAGGACGCCUCCGCUUGCAACACCUCCAUGGUGCUUCUCAACAAAGGCCAAGCCCACGGUCAGGAGGCUCCUCCUGUCAUCAUGGUGGAUGAGCUCCUCAUCCUCAACCCCCACAAGCUGUCCUUCUCUGACGCCGGCCUGCGUGUCAUGAUCACCCCCCACUUCUCGCCCCGCACCAGGCUCUCCAUGGCAGGACGCGUGCUCAUCAGUGAGAGACAGAGGCUGAUCCAGAGUUCGAGGAACCAGCGGGACGGCGAGGCCGGCCCCGGGUCACGAGGGGGGUCAACCAGCAACAGCCUGAAGAGGACGGGCUCCUGCAGUCUGGAGAACGGGGGCAGGGGACCCGGGACAGGAGACGCCGAGUCGGGAGACAAGAUGGGGGUCGAGGUGUGCCAGCCAGAGGAGGAAGAGGAUGAUGAAGAUGGCAUUUUCAGUCCUGUGCGCAUACCAGGCAGCUGCUGUGCGCGGGUGAAGUGGGUGAUCACGUGGCCUCUGGGCCUCCUGCUCUACUGCACUGUGCCUAACUGUAUUCUGCCACGCUGGCACCGCUGGUUCAUGGUCACCUUUGUGGCCUCCACCCUGUGGAUCGCUGUCUUCUCCUACCUCAUGGUGUGGAUGGUCACCAUCAUCAGCUACACACUAGACAUCCCAGACUACAUCAUGGGCAUCACCUUCCUGGCUGCUGGAACCAGCGUGCCAGACUGCAUGGCAAGUCUGAUUGUAGCUCGACAAGGCAUGGGGGACAUGGCAGUGUCUAACUCCAUAGGCAGCAAUAUCUUUGACAUCCUGCUGGGUUUGGGUUUCCCCUGGGCUUUGCGUACCCUUGUGGUGGACCACGGAUCAUCAGUCUUCAUAAAUAAUAAAGGACUGGUGUAUUCUGUCAUCCUGCUGCUGGCAUCUGUGUUUCUGACGGUGAUGAGUGUUCACCUGAACCACUGGAGGCUGGAUCGGCGUCUGGGUCUGGGCCUGCUGUUUCUCUAUGCCAUCUUCCUGCUCUGCUCCAUCUUCUUCGGGCAGAUGUGAGGCCUUAAGGUCAAAGGUCAACCCUGUCAGACGACAUGCUGAGUACCUACCUUCCUACCACACGUCCUCUUUCCUGAAGCCAAAAAGAAAAAAAAAAGUAGAGUAACAGCGUUGUUUCGUUCCUCGUGAGAGUUUUCUGUGCACCUCGUUCGGGUGAGACUGUGCACGUGCAACCACACAAAUACACACCGACUCUUUCAUCAAUAGCACAGCUUUCUCCUGUUAGUACAGUCUAGUGUUUGAAAGCAGUCCGUCUUCUAACUAUCCAACUGGGUGACUUAUCAGAAAAUGUAAUGACGUGGCAGAUGGAAGCCUUAAGCAACAACAUGAAACAGGAAGUGACAUCACAAAAAAUGUGAUCAAGGAAACAAAUUGUUCUGGUCCUCAUCAGCUAGGUUGUUGCAUAAUGUUGUGGCUUUGUAACAGCUUGCUAAUAUUUUACUGAUAAUUAUAUACCAUAUAAUUAUUAUUACUAUAAACCAUGUAAUUAUUAUAUGCUAAAAUUUCACCCAUAACAACUUUGGCAUUACAUUUUAUGUCUUUUUAUUUUUGAAUAUACAACAGUUGAUCUCGCCUUUUCUACCAACCUUAUUUGUCAAAAGCUUUAGUUUUAGAAAAGUUACCUCCUGUUAAAACGUGCACCAGCCAAAUAACACACUGCAGAUCGUACCUGCUUCUUCUUCCUACUUAUUUAAAAAAACAAAAAACAAAUGAUAAAUCACUAUUUCAUUAAAGCAAUAAGCCAUUAGAAGUUUAGUAUACUGUUUUGUAGGCUCAGUUUAGUUGUUUAAAUUAGUUUUAAUUGUCUAAAAGCACAAAUUUAGGCUUAUACUUAUAACUCAUAAAUGAUGCCAAUGACACAACUGUCUCGUUCCUUUAGGGACUGUUGCUUCUUCUCACUGCAGCUCUUUUCAUCCGAGUCUCACUUAUUUAUAUUGUUAAUGUUCGUGUCCUCUGACCUGCUGCAGCCGAGCUCCGGCUUGUUGAAUUCAACGACAGCACAGCAAAAAGAAGUUUUUUAUAAUAGAGAGCGGGUUCAUCAGCCUGCGUCUCCUCUGCACAUGUUGUCUCCCAUUAGUUUCUGCUGGUGAGGAUUGUUCAGUAUGCAUCUGGCGUCACUAAUCAGUCUGAGCAGGAUAUGCACAAGAAGACAGCUGCGGCUGUGAUUUACAGCACAGGGAAUCGAGCGUGAAUUAAGUUACCUGAAAGAUUGAUGGAAUUUAUAUAUAUAUAUAACAUGUUAUGUUUUAGUUUCUAUCUCAACUAUAUAAACUUUAGGUUAAAAGGUUGAAAUGUUUCUCUCACAGACGUAAAAAAAAAUGGUACUUUAAUCUGCCAUGUCAUGCUUGGUUAAUAUUGUCUGCUGGCCUUAGGUUUGAAUACCCCUGUAUGUUUUGAAUGUACACCCUGGCUGACUUUACAAUUAGUGUGGAAAUAUUUACAUGCAUUAAAAUGUAGCAGGCAGAACUGAAUUACAGCCUCUGAACAGGCGGUGAGGUACUUUAAUCCCACAACAAAGGACACUGUGUGUGUGUGUGCGUGCCUGUGUGCGUGCGUGUCGGUGUUCUUGUGUGUGUGUUCGUGUGUGUGUGUCAGAAGACUUUUAGAACAGAAACACUGAUAUGAAAAUGCACAUUAUUGUGACAAUAUUUUGAAGAUUUUGCCUCACUGCUCCUAAGCAAGUAUUGGUACAUCUUAAUGUACGUACAGAGAUUAACUAGUGUUACAGUAUUUUUAGAGGUCUUAUUACUAUGAAAUCUAAUAUAUAAUGUACGUGUAUGAGCAUCACAAACUUUGAUGACUUUGAGUGCAGGCUAGUUGUAAUACUCCACGUUUUAGGUACGACAAUCGAUGUUUGUAUUGUUUCUUGUAUAUUUUAUGAGAUUAUUUCCCCUUGGUGGAACAUUUUCCCACACUCCAAUCAGGACAGAAGCCGCACAUUAUACACACACACACAUACAUGUAUUGUAUGUGUGUGUGUGUUACGAAUAAUGCUGCAUAUUCCACAUUCAUACACUUCUGCUGCUCCUCUGUCCUUAUGUAGAAAUUAGCUAUUUGGACAUGUUUGGAUAAUACGUUGCAUUCAAGGCUAAAUGUUCCACCAAAUCCGGGCAAAUUGUUUUGUCUUCUCUUCAAAUGGCUGUAUAAUUAUUAUCAUUGUCUAGUUGACAAUAUUUUUACUGUUUGUAAAUGUUAAAUAAUUUACAUAGUUUUACAAUAAUGAAUGUCUGACAGACUAGUUUUGUGGCGUUUUUGAUAUUUAAAAAAAAAAAACAUAAUGUAAGCCUACUUGUGAACUAUUGUAACAGAAUGAAUGCAUUUUUUGUCCGCUUGUUUAGUGGAAUAUGAAGGCUGUAAUGUGAGACUAGCACUCCGUUUAUUAUAAAUUCAGUUGCAGUUGUGUCUUAAAAUCUUCUCAGCACUGAGAUUUUCUUUUUUUUUCAGUAUUGAUCCACUGACACACAGACAAUAAAGCUCUGGUUUACAGGUUUAAAUGAAGCAAACAAAACGCACAACAAAAUGCUUUUUAAAAGGUUUUAAAGAAUGGAUGGAAUUCAAAUUUGUGAAUGUAAAAGCAGCUAAUCUGAGUUUUUCCUGUUAGUUGAAAUAUGUUUUCACUUCAAACUGAAGUAGUUUAUUAAAAACCAUUCACACCUUUUAAAUUUCUUUAGGAAUCUCAGUGUAUAAUGUAGUCAAAUGUUUCUAACAAAAUGCAGAAGAAAUACACUUAAUUGAAAUGCCUUUUCCUACUAAAUUGCCUCAAAAACAUUUUCUCAUCUACUGUAUUAUUCAUACUUUGUGUUUUAGAGUUUAAAAGUGGGGCGACAUUUAGACAUAUUUGAUCAGAUCUGCUCAAAAGUCGUGGCAGGAGGUUUUGACAUCAGAUCCCAUUGGUGCAUCUUAAUGUGUGACGGAUGUGCUGUUAAAACGUGAUAAUCAUCCUUUGACCGCCCACGUCCCAAACAGAACAGCAGAUACUCUUCCACACUCAUAGGCAGCUUGUUCCAAUACCUACUGCUUACCCAGAAGACUGUUAAUUAGUGCUGAAAAGAUUACUCAGUUACUCGAGUAUUUGAUUAAUGGGAAAAUUAAUCAACAACUAUCCAGAUAAUGAAUUGUUUGAGACUUUGAUCAGGUAAAGAACGCUCACUGCUUACAGCCGCUCACACAUGAGGAUUUGCUGCUGUUCUCUUUGGAACGGCUAGUCGAGCAAAACAGCUGUCAUACUGCCGCGUGCCAUGGAGAUGACACUUUAUACUGUUUUCUGCCAUUUUAUGGACUGACCAAUCAGGUGGAAAAGAUGAAUAGCGAUGAAAGUGAAAGAUGAUUUUUUUUUUUUUUGUAUUUGUUUUUGCGUUCUCUGAGGUAGAAACUGUGUCUGUGUAUCCUCACUAUCUUCAUCCUUAUUAAACAUCCUCAUCAACCGCAACCAUCAGUAACUAAUUGUGUUUUGCCAGAAGAUGAUUCACAGCAGUUUUCAGACUGUUCUGUCACUCAGCUGCCAGGAGUCUCUGCUGGAAACGCUUGUAUUCAGAUCCUGUAGUGAUCUCGUUACGCUGAGUCAUGGCUACAGAGCACCGAACCAAACAAAUGAACUCCAGUACCUGUUGUGCUUUCCCAGCAGUCAAAGAAUCAUCUGUUUAUUCCGCUGUGAUGUUGGAGGUAGAUGUUUUAGAGUAUAAAUUUAUUGCGUAGAGGUCAUACGGGAUCAUAGAAGACUGUUGUAU